UUCACUAUUGUUAUUGUCAUUACUAUUCAAUGAAUAGAUCUUUACCUAUAGUCUCAUCAAUCUAUGUGUUGAUUCACUAUCGGCGACGACAACUACACCAACGACAACAACAACAUACAAAUGAAAACCGUUUGGUUGUUACCAAUCAGUCGUCGUCGACUGCAAUCAUCAAUCAAUGGUCAGUGUUUUCGUCUUGUAAUAGUCUAAGAAAAGCACAUUUAGUGCAAGCGUUUAGCAAUCAAUGGUUUGAGCCGUUUGUAGCGAUUAAGCCCCGGUUCGCCAAAGCCGACGAGACAUCCUAUCCGCACGGAUACGUUGGUCCGCUGAAAGUGCUCGGAUCGGGCUAUAUAUUUGACGACCAGAGAGGCCUAAUUGUUACGCAUAUCAAAUCGGUUGCCUACUAUACGCUGGUCAAAGUUCGUAUGAGUAAUGGCCAACAUCUUAACGGUCGGGUAGCUCUGCGAAUGGCUGACCAACAACUGGCCAUUAUUAAACUGGACGACGACAGUAUCAAAGAGUAUGGCCGACCGUUGCGUUCGGCCGAUUGCGAAGAUUUGGUCGACCAACAGACGGCCAUCGGUCAACAGAUCUAUGCGGUAGCCAAUGCUGGACCGUUUGUCCAGUGUUUGACUGUCGGCCGAAUUGGUCGAAUACAGAAUCUUAAGGACGGCCUGUUUUCACAUUCGGCCGAUUUGGAUAACGACUCGUACGGAAAUCCAUUGGUCAACAGAUACGGCAAACUAAUUGGUUUCAAUUUAAAUAGAUAUAAUGUAUUUAGAAAUCAGGCCAUAACCACCAAAAUAGUUAAUGAAUACUUGGACAAAGUAGAGAACCUGUUGGUCGACGAAAUGCGGGCCUUCGGUCUGGUGGUCAGUUGGUUUGACGGUAAGAAUAGACAUGAACUAAACAAUUAUAUCAGAAGCAAACAUACCGGUCCAAAUCCGGUACCCGAAAUACAUCCCAAUGCAGUACCCGGCGCUGUUGUUAUGCUUAUCACUAUGGGAUCGACAGCUCACAAACAGUUGAAAAUUGGUGACGUUAUUACACGAAUAGACGGUACAAAUGUCCGAUCGUUGGCCGAUAUGUACGAUCCGUUGAACGACGACUACGAUUGUCGGAUAGAGUUUUGGCGCAACGGUAACGACAAACCCGAAUCGGUAAUCGUUAGGCGCACCGACAAAAUCAGUCGAUUUGUUUAAAGGGGUGGGAAAGGGAUCAGUCAGUCGGGUGGUUGGUU